AUCUGUGAUGUCAUUUCUAAGUGGGAACAAGCCUUAAAAGAAUUGCAUCCCGGGAAAUAUGAAGGUGGCACAAGAAUUGUGAAGUUGACCUAUAAGAACAGGCUAUAUUUUCGGAGCCAGGCCAAAGGUGAGACAGACCGGGAGCGGUUGCUACUGGCCUUCCAAGUCAGCAAUGAAAUAGCCAAUGGAAGGUUUCCUGUUAAUAAGGAAUUAGCUCUGGAAAUGGUGGCUUUGAUGGCUCAGGUGGAAUAUGGGGAUUUGGAUCGAUCAGGAUCUUCAAGUCCUGGGGGAACAUCACAGUCGAAAAUGCAGCAUCUUCUCCACCAAGUCUUAGAUAAAUUCUACCCCAAACGCUACAAGCAAAACAUUACUCCUGAACAGCUCAGGCAACUGGCUGACAGGCUGGCGACAAAGUGGAUGGUGCUGCAGGGAUGCUCUCCACCAGAAUGCGUUCGAAUUUAUUUGACAGUGGCCCGGAAAUGGCCUCUCUUUGGAACCAAAAUAUUUGCUGCUAAGCCUAUUUUGCCUUCCUCACUGGAAGACUGUCCAGUCUGGAUAGCUGUAAAUGAAGAUGGUAUCAGCAUACUGGAUUAUAACACUAUGCACUUGAAGGUCUCUUAUUCAUACUCCUCUGUGCUGACCUUUGGAGGCUGUCGAGAUGACUUCAUGAUUGUAGUCAUGAAAGAAAGGAGUUCUGGAAAAAACAGCACUGAAAAACUCCUUUUCACAAUGGCAAUUCCAAAGAUUGUUGAAGCAACACUUCUUAUUGCUAGCUAUAUUAACUACCGUUCGACACCUUCACUCCUAUCUUCUACACAGCCCUCCCGAAGCAAAACACCUGCUAACAAGCUCUGGGAGACUGAAAGUCGGUGCUUUAUUCCUUCUGUGCCCCGAAGCACUAAGGGGCCCACCCUGCUCUGAGGGCUCAUUCCAAAUGACUUUCGGGAUUUUGGGGUUUUUUUUGUUUGGGAUUGUGGGGUUUUUGUUUGUUGUGUGGCUUUUUUUUUUUUUUUUUGCACUGCUCUGUACUAAAUUGCAGACUGCUAUGAUUUUGCUGGUUACACGCCUUACUUUAAUGUGGGCUCUG